ACAAGGAUGCAGAGCUUGCAGCCGGACCCCAAAGCCCAGUACAGGAGCGUAUACGAAGCUCUGAAGAAGAUUGUCCUCACGGAGGGUUUCUGGAGGCCUUUACGUGGAAUUAAUGUCACCAUGCUGGGGGCUGGCCCUGCCCACGCAAUGUACUUUGCCUGCUAUGAAAAAAUGAAAAAGUCUCUAAGCGAAACUCUCCAGCACGGAGGAAACAGCCACUUGGCCAAUGGUAUAGCUGGGAGCGUGGCCACGCUACUCCACGACGCGGUGAUGAACCCAGCUGAAGUGGUGAAGCAGCGGAUGCAGAUGUUCAACUCCCCCUACAAGUCCGUCCUGGCGUGUGUAAGGACAGUGCAGAAGACCGAGGGGUUCGGUGCCUUCUACCGCAGCUACACCACCAAGCUCACCAUGAACUUAAACAUCGGCCGCCACCUCUCGGGCAUGGUGACCGCCUUCAAGACUGUCUACCAGCUGGGGGGGCUUUCGGGCUAUUUCAGGGGGGUGCAGGCACGUGUCAUUUACCAGAUGCCUUCGACGGCCAUCGCCUGGUCGGUGUACGAGUUCUUCAAGUACUUUCUCACAAAGCACAAGCUGGAGAAAAGAACGUCCUUGUGA